CUACCGAUGACAGGAUAAUCGUUUUUCAAAAUUUAAGGGUGUUCCAGAUUACCAAUUAUAAUUUUUUUUUAUCCUUACGAAACUACUACCGAUAAUUGGAUAAUCGUUUUCCCAAAUUUUAGGGGUGUUCCGGGACACCCCUAAAGGCCUAUGUAUCCGCCACUGCACCACGUGGGGCAUCACCAUUGGAGCUCGAAGGUAGGGGUGUUUUCUGUAAUUACAUCCUGGUGGGUGGUUCCACUUCCAUUCCAUUGCCUGAUUGCCAUCCUUGUAUUUAUCACCGACGCGCGCGGCGGCAGCCAUUAAAAAGGGACGAAUUAAGCUGAAGAAAAGCGACCCGUCAGGCCUUCUUCCCCCUUCCUCCACCAGACAGCCGACUACUCAGUCACCGUACCACCGAGUCAACCCACUCUAUUCCAAGGUAUGUAGCGUCAGAAAACGCAAACUUGACCUUUUUAUAUAACGACGGCGCCGCCGCCGCUCUAAAAUCAGUAACCUCGCCUUCUUCUCAUCACUUUUCUUCUCAGCUCCUCCGAUCUUAUUACUAGAUUCGUCGUUAAGGAAAACCACAGAUCGCGGCGGCUUCAUGAAGUCGAUGAAUCUCAUAUCAUUCGCUCACACAAAUACGAGUAUGGGAAGGAAGACGAGAAAAGUUGAUGCCGCUGCUGUAGUAAUGAAGCCUCGCUCCAAACAAGCCCCGGAGCUCUUCUGGCCGCGGGUCGUCGUCCGCAAGCUACUCAACAUCACCGCCAAGGAUUCCGAUUACAGCGCCGACUCCGACUCCGAUUCCGGCUCCGGCUCCGAUUCCGAUCCUCCUUCCGAUUCCGAAGAGAUUGGUCAAGGAAGAAGCAGAGCCGCAUCGAGGUUUGGACGGGACAACAGAGAAGGCGACGCACAGAUCGAUCCCAGCGAUGCACUUCCAAGGUCAAGGAGACGGAAGUCAGAGACUUUCAGGGCACAGUACAUAAAUACAAAGGAGCUCAGAGUACGAGUUGCUACAUGGAACGUUGGAGGCAAAUUACCACCAGAUGACCUGGAUAUCGAUGAUUGGGUUAAUACUCAUGACCCUGCAGAUAUAUAUGUACUCGGGCUUCAGGAAAUUGUACCAUUGAAUGCUGGGAAUAUCUUUGGCGCUGAAGAUAAUAGGCCAGUCCCUAAGUGGGAAAAUAUUGUACGGGACACUCUAAACAGAAUUAGACCGAUGAAGACAAAGGUUAAAUGCUAUAGUGAUCCAGCAUCUCCAUCAAAAUUUUAUCCAUCUGAUGAGGUUCUAGGUGUUGAAGAAGAGCUUAUACUCGAAAGCGAUAGUGAUAUUGGAGAGGAAGUUCAUCCUUUGGAUGAUGAUUCCUAUGGUAUUGAUGAAACAAAAGAUAAGUUACGCUUUGGUGAUGGGCACAUGGGUACCAUACAUGAAGAAGUGGACCUGGAGAGGCAAACUUCUCGAAGGAGAUUAGAUCGAAUGAAUUGCAUUCGCAACGAGGAUGAAUCACCAGAAAAUUUAGAGGAAUCUGGGGUAAACCAACAACAACAAUGUAGAAUAUUGACUAGAGUGCUAAGUGGUUCUGAAAGGAUUGGUUUGAGUUGGCCUGAGCAACCAUUGAACCUGCUGUCUCAACAUAGUUUACAGAGACCAGGCUCCUUCAAAUCAAUAAAAACGUUUACUGCAACCAAGUCCUUUGGAAGAUACAACUCUUUUAAGUCCGUGUCAAAUGAUAUGCAAUCAGGGUUGGCUUUGCUCACUGAGAUUGACCUGGAAUCGCUCUUGAAACGUAAGAGAAGAUCUUCUUAUGUGAGGAUAGUUAGUAAGCAAAUGGUUGGAGUGUUCGUCACUAUUUGGGUUCGUAGGAGCUUACGCAAGCAUAUUCAGAAUGUCAAGGUUUCGACAGUCGGUGUUGGUGUUAUGGGCUAUAUUGGCAACAAGGGAUCAAUAUCAGUGAGCAUGUCUGUAUACCAGACGCCUUUCUGCUUUGUUUGUUCCCACCUGACUUCUGGCGAAAAGGAUGGGGAUGAGCUCAAAAGAAAUGCUGAUGUGUAUGAAAUACAUAGAAGAACACAUUUCCAUUCCAUUUCAGGGAUUGGGCUUCCUAAAAGCAUCAAGGAUCACGAAAGAAUUAUAUGGUUGGGCGAUCUGAAUUACCGUAUCAAUUUGUCGUACGAUAAAACACGUGAACUCAUAGCCAGAAAGGAGUGGUCAAAUCUAGCUGAAUACGACCAGCUCACAAAAGAACUUAGAAAAGGCCGUGCAUUUGAUGGAUGGCGAGAAGGUAAACUAGUCUUUCCACCAACAUACAAGUACGAACUCAACUCGGAUAGAUACUAUGGAGAGGAUCCAAAGGUUGGGAGGCGUACUCCUGCAUGGUGUGACCGCAUUCUUUCUCGUGGGAAAGGAUUCAGGCUCCUGAACUACAGGAGAACCGAGCUAAAGUUCUCCGACCAUCGACCAGUGACUGCCACAUACAUGGUGGAGGUCGAGGUGUUCUGUCCCAAGAAGCUACAACGUGCGCUCACCAUCACCGACGCAGAGAUUGAGAACGAGGAAGUGGAGAUUGGGAUCGAUAUCGGAAUGAGCUACUUGCAACUCGACGAGGAAACUUCAGUUUGGGAGAUUGAGAGACCGAAACCAUAUACACACUACCCUAUUAGGCAGCAAUAGCUGAGUAGCUGGGAAGAGAAAGCUCGCCGCUUGCCAAUUCAUACACACAUGUUAUGCCACCCACCAAGUACACUCCGGCUAUCCUACUGAAUGAUGGAGGUGUAAUUACUGUGCUUAUGCCUCCUGAGUCGUUUGAUUUGCAAUCGAAUGAUCGCGAUUCGCGACGCACCUGAGAUGCAACAAAAGAACGAGCCGCUACAAUGCGCUCACGUCUCUGUCCACAUUGAUCAAACGACUGAGGAAGCAUUCAGCCUACUGAUCAUUCAACAGCAGUACCAGAUUUACACGAGUAAUGAUGUCACUGGUUCAUUUGUUUCUUCAUAUUGGGUAAUUUGUUGCAGUUCUGUGAAGGGCUUUUCUUUUUUUACUUUUUGACUCCCCUAGAGCUAUGGUUUUUUCUUCUUACAUCUAGGUGAAAGUAUGUACAGAAGAUGGGUAGAUAGUAAAUUUUAGUGAAUAAAAGAGCAUGGAAGGUCUUCGUUGUUACUACUGUUCUUCCCCGGGACGUGUACACGUGUAAAUGUGUCUCUUUUAUUUUGUUCUUCGAAAUUUUAGAUGAAUGAACUCCUCUUGCUAGUUAUAUGUUGAUAUGGAAGUCUGAAGCUGUAAAUUAUACUCUUUGAAAUCUACACUUGAGUUGUUGGUAAGCGAGAUUCAUGGUUCAUAAGUAACAAAUCGAUUUUAACAGAAGAGACAUGUUUUGGGGUGAAAUGAAGUUCUUGUAUAUAAAAAAAUUCGUAAUGAAGUUCUUGUAUAUAAAAAAAUUCGUGAAGGCCUAUGUUCAAAAUGGACAAUAUCUUAUCUGAAAAAGAUUCAACAUGUUUACAUAAAUAUUUUCAGGUGUAUCUAAUAAACAUUCUUUUGUGAA